AUGCCUCGACAGCUGCCCUGGAAAGUCGGCAGCGCGUCGGCGAAGCAGGCGCCCUCAUCGCCGCGCCCCAAAGCUGCUCAGCCCUCAGCAAGCCCCGCCCCGUCCGCCAGCCGUAGCCCAGCCCCGUCUCACCGCCCCACGCCAACGCCCCAAGCCGCGUCGACGCCCGACCCGAGCAGGAAGCCAAGGCGCAGUCUCGCACUCAGCUCAGCGCGAUCGCCGUCCACCUCGCCACCGCCCGAGCCCAUCCAAGAAGAGUUUAUGAUAGAAGGCGUCGACCAUGACGACAGGUACCGCAUGGUGGAGGACGAGUUCCUCGCCGUGGCCGGCGAGUUCACCCGGCACCUGCACGCGGCCGAGUAUCAGCGGCUGAAAAACCUCGCCAAGUCGCAGAAUGCGGAGACCAUCCGCCACAUCUCGCGGCCCGUCACCGGCGAGAUGUCAGACCUCGUAAAGCGCCGUCAUGCCGCCUUGGACACGGCCUCCAGGCAGCGCCGGGGCAUCGCGAAGACAUUGGGCAAGCGGGCUGCCGGAGAUAGCUCGCUCGAUGGGGACGAGCAGGAACCGACGCGACGCCCCUUUACCUCGCUGCAGGGCUUGAUGGAGAGUCCGAGGAAGCAGGCAGUUCCGCUGACUUCCGUGAUGGGGCCUCGGCCAGGCGCGAGUUUUAGGGACGAGGCCGACGGCAGCCCGUCCAGGAGGCGAGGAUUGGCUCGCCACGGCAGCAUGGACAUGUUCGGCUUGAAAAAAGAAGCGUCUCCAGUCAGGCUAAAGCGAGAGCCUUCACAAGAUUCGGACGACGAUGACCUUGACGGUCAGCCUCCGUGGCCACCAGAACCCACACGGCGACGAGAGCAAGCAAAGAGGGCACCCUCUCGGCAGACAUGGGCUCCGGACCCCGCAGCCAAGCCGAACGCUGAGCUGAGCAGUUCAAACAAUCCGUUUUUGAGGGCCAGUACCGGCACCGUUCCAAGACAGACUUUAACCCGUGAUGCCGGUCUGACGGAGCCCGCUGGGCCACCAGCUAACGGGGACGAUGACCACGACGAUGACUUCUUCUCCCGGCUCCGCGCACGAAGGGCAGAGCAGAAACGACGCCGCGAGGCCAGAACGGGAGAUGGCAGCGUCAAAAUUUCCGAAAGUCAGGCCGCAGCACUCAACGAAAUCCCAUUCAUAUAA